GGGGACUUCAGAGAGAUCCGUGCUUGGAUUCACAUCGGAGCAGAUACACGCAGAGCAGAGGAGCUCCUCAUUAAGGUUGGUUUUCGUGCACGGGUUUAAUUUCUUAAUGAGCCCAUGAGUCACCCAUCCCUCAGCUGCACAGAAUGAUGGUGUUGGGUGUCACGUCCUGUCCAGAAGAUUCUUUUCUUGGUCCUUGACAUUGGGCACCUGUGGCUGUGGGUCUGGGUGUGAAGUUUGGGGAGGGUGGGAGAAGCCUGGAAGAGGCUCCUCCAGACCCAUUGUGUUUUUGCUGAUAGAAAUGCCAGAAUUGGUCAGUUUGAGGUGCCUGGAUGUGAGCCAGGUUCUAGCUCCAGCUCGGGUUUCCAUGGCUGAAGCUGUUGCAUGCCACUGUGUGCUCGUGGGGCUUCGUUCCCCCCCCCCCAAAAAGGGGGUUAAAAAAGUGAAUGUUCUGGUUCUUUCCACGUGGUUCUGGUUUCAAUUCUGCCUGAAAUGACUGCGUGUGCAGGGGCUGUGCCUUCCAGAUGUCAGCUGUCCCAGACUUUGCCCAUGUCAGUUCCAAGUGGUUCCACCCCUUCUGCUCUGUGCUAUGGUCAUGCAUGCCAUGCUGAGCCUUUAGUGCCUCUCCUUUGAGGUCCUUCCCUCCCUCAGGCCUGGCCUCACCUUAAGCAUUGGUCCCUCCCUCAGGGUCUGCUUUGCUGUGGGGGUCUGUUCCCAUCCUGGGGACACACGGAGCACUGUGACGUUGUGUAGUCCCAGCAGCCCUGUGCUGCAGCAGUGCGUGAAAUCCUAUGGCUGUCACUUCUCCAGCAUUCCUCGCAUCACUGCUUAUGCUUAGGGGGAUUUAAUUACAGUAAAACAAUCUAAAAUCAGUUCUUCCCCAAGCAGUGAUGCUGACAGCGAGCCCUGUGACCUGGAGUGGGGCUGUGGUUUUGGUGGCCCUCCAGUAACACUCGCAGUGAGGGCGGUGUGACUGCAGUUCUGCGUGGGGCUGGGACCCAUUCUGCUUGCUGUAGUUUUGGAGCUGUGGUUUUGGGAUCAUUUAAAGACCCGCAGAUAGGCUUAGGCUCGCUCUCCUGAUGUGGAUGCAGAAUGCUGUGGGGUAGAGGUGAGAAAACCCACAGAGAGAGUGGCCGUGACUCGGUCUCCUCUCCGCUUGGUUUAUCAGGAGCUGUGAUUGUCUGCGUUUUCCUAAUUCCAUUCGGAGUUGAACCUUGGAGUUGACCCCCUGUGGGUCCCAUCCAAUCUGGGAUCCUCAUUGACAGGCAUUAUCCUGGAGCUGCUUUGCCAGCUCACUGCCUGCCCUCCUGCUGCUGUUUGGGGCAGUGCAACGUUGGACACAUGCAGGAAUGGGCUGCUGGGUUGCUUUGGGGCAGGCAGAGCUGGGAGCUGGGGGCAGCCCGCUUUGUUUCCAGCCACAGAUCUUCCAAAGGUGUCUGCACCUCGCAGGGAGGAGCAGCUCCGACCCCAUCCACAUGCCCUGCCAGCUGUUCCCAUUCGCCUCCGCUCGCAGUGCCACCAUGAUGAGACACAGGAAGCUGUGAUGCUGUGGUAUUACCUCCAGCAAAACUCCUUUGGGGAACUGAUUUUUAUUGCUUUUCCCUGCAUGACUUUUGCAAGGCUACAGUGCUGAGAGGUGGUUUUUGUGGCAGGGCAUUAACUUCCCUGAAAUCCGCGGGGUGAACAAGAGGAUGGACAAGCCAGGCUUGGGGUGAGCGACUGCAGAGUGCAUUGUAGGCACCAGGAGCUUGUUUUUCCUGUUCACCACAAAUUAUUUUAAUGAUCUUCCAUGCUUGACAGCCUCCUUCUGCCUGCAUGGUGUGUGUGGGCCGGUUCCUGGGGACAACAUCGGCGUGCAGCAUGCACAUCUGUUUGCUCCCCAAGUGGCUCCGUGGGGUGAACCAUCCCCAAAGCAGCAGAGGAACCACGUGCUGGGCAGAGAUGGCAGCCCUGAAACGCAGUCGUGCGCAGGCCUGGCCCGAGGAGCAGGGCGACCGUGAGCACGGGCUGUACAGCCUGCACCGCAUGUUCGACAUCGUGGGCACUCACCUGACGCACCGCGAUGUGCGCGUCCUCUCCUUCCUCUUCGUGGACGUCAUAGAUGACUAUGAGCGGGGCAUGAUCCGCAGUGGCAGGGACUUCUUGCUGGCGCUGGAGCGGCAGGGCCGCUGUGAUGAGACCAACUUCAGGCAGGUGCUGCAGCUGCUGCGGAUCAUCACGCGCCACGACCUGCUGCCGUACGUCACCCUCAAGAGGCGACGGGCUGUGUGUCCGGACCUGGUAGACAAGUACUUGGAGGAGACCUCCAUCCGCUACGUGACGCCGCGGGCUCACAGCACUGCAGAACAUAGCCUCGGCCACCCCCACAAAUCAGUGCCUCCCCAGCACCCCAUGGUCUGCUGUUCCUCGGCGGGGCCGCAGAUCUGCACCAAGAGGCCCGGCCGCGGCAGGGCCCUCCUCAGCAGCCAGCGCAAGCGCAGGAAGUCGGUGACUCCAGACCCCAAGGAGAAGCAGACGUGUGACAUCCGCUUGCGAGUCCGAGCCGAGUACUGCCAGCACGAGACGGCGCUCCAGGGCAACGUCUUCUCCAACAAGCAGGACCCGCUGGAGCGCCAGUUCGAGCGCUUCAACCAAGCCAACACCAUCCUGAAGUCCCGGGACCUGGGCUCCAUCAUCUGUGACAUAAAAUUCUCAGAGCUCACCUACCUCGACGCGUUCUGGCGCGAUUACAUCAACGGCUCUUUGCUGGAGGCCCUCAAGGGCGUCUUCAUCACGGACUCGCUCAAGCAAGCCGUGGGGCACGAAGCCAUCAAACUGCUGGUCAAUGUGGAUGAGGAGGAUUACGAGGUUGGGCGCCAGAAACUCCUGAGGAACUUGAUGCUGCAGACGGCCCCCUGACGCCCGGUGGGAUCCAAGAUCUUUUUUUUUUUUUCCCCUGUCUUUUUUUUUUUUUUUUCUAAAAGGAAAGAUUUAAAGCCCUGCUGGACUCCCACCGGGUGCUGAGCUGUGGACCCGGUUUGCUGCAGGGAGCACCGGAGGCUUAUGUGUUCUCUCACCCUUCUGUCCUGUCACCUUCUCUCUUGCUUUGUUUUCUUUUUCUCUUUUGUUUUGUAUCCAUUAAAAGAAAAAAAAACCAACCCAAAAAAAGUAAAAAAAAAAAAAAAAAAAAAAAAAAAAAAAAAAAAAAUCCACCUGGGGUGGGUCAGCAAUGGCCAGAGGGAUGCUGGGACAGGGUGGGGUUGUACUGGGAGUUGUGGGGUGGCUGUGCCCUUCUCCUGCCCUUUUGUCAGUGUCCCUGUGGGCCUGGCAGUGGGGUGGCCCUGUUGUCCCCGAUGCUGGAGCCCCGACCCCCCCCCCCCCCCCCCCCCCCCACUGCCUCCUCUCUGGGGUCCUCAGGAGCAGCUCCAGUGGUGUCCCCACGCUGUCCCCAGGACCAUGUGCCUUUGUGUCCCCCUCCCUAUGGGGUCUGGGGGGGUGGGAGGAGGAACCAGUGCUGAGGGACACAUGAGAUCUCUGCCUGUCCUGUCCUCCUAUUGCAGCUGGGAUGAGCUGGGACAAGCUGGGAGGGGGGAGUUGGCCCCAAGGCUGUGUCCUAGGGGGCCUGUUGCCUCUGCUGUCCCCCUUCAGAAGGUCCUGGGGAGAUGGAGAGGAAUGUUCCCCUCUCCAUUCCCAAUUUUGUGGUUUUCUCCUCCACGAGCUGUCCCCCUGUGAGGUGGGCACUGACCCCACAGCUGGGGAGGGGGAUGUGUGGCACUUCUCCACCCCCCUCACCCCCCCCAGGUGACAGCCAACUUUGGCACAACGUGGUGUAAUUUCUGUGACUUCUGUAUUUUUUAAAACUUCAAUAUAACAGUCAUAUUCCCUGUGUAGCUUUCGGUUUUCUUGAAAUAAACAUCUACAGCAGUGCAA